ACCAGGAAGAAAUAAACAGGUCAGGUUAGAGCACUUUGUUUGGAGCUUCAGAAAAUAAAAGAGUUGAAAGUGAAGUUAAAAGAGUUUAAGAGUUAAAAUAAAAGAGUUCAAGAGUUCAAAUAAGAUUUGAAGAGUGAAGUUAAUAGAGCUCAUUCAGAUCUGACUCCACGUGUGAGAUGGAAACAGAAGUGAUCAGAUGAUGAAUCAAACAUUAGUGAUUUCUGAGGGUUUUAGUCUUUCAUUGAAAAUGUUCAGUUUUAAAACUGGAGUUAAUAUCUCACAUCAAUCAUUUAAAAGGUUUGAUUUUCACCAUCACAGUUAAAGAGUUAAAGAGACACGUCGUCAGAUGGAGUGAAUGAGGAAGAAGAGAAGGAGCCGGAGGGAGGAGAGGAAAUCUCUCUCUCCUUCAUCUCUCGCUCUCAUCAGACGUCUGUUCUGAAGAUGAUCUGUUUCACGAUUUUCUGUUUGGUUUGGUUUGUACAGACUGAAAACUCCACAGCUCUGAUCCGGGUCUCGGUCCCAGAGCAUCAUCACGUGUGUCUGCUCUGCGACGCCUCGGACCCGUCUCAAGUGAUCUGGACUCACGGGGACGGGGACGUCCUGGACCCCGAACAAGACUACGACGCCAACGAGGAGCAGCAGCGCCACCUGCUGCUGUCUGACGGAGGCCUCUGUCUCCUGCAGCUUCACGACUCGGACAGCGGCGAGUAUCAGUGUAACGAGCAGCCGGUGGCAGAGCUGCAGGUGCUGACAGGUCUGGACUUCUCGGUGUCUUCCGGCCGGACGCUGCUGCUGCCCUGCGGCCGCUCGCCCAGACCCAAACAGAGGUGGUUUCACCGGAGGAGAGGAGGAAGAAGGGAGGCCAUCUUCACCCGCUUCAGAAACGGCACGGUGAAACCAGAGAGGGAGGACGGCCGCCUCGGCUUCAUGUACGACGCCCUGCAGAUCCAGGACCUGCAGCCAGGGGACGCUGGAGAGUAUCAGUGUAACGGAGAGCUGCAGGGCAGAGUCACGGUCCUCACAGUUUGUCCAGAGCCAACGAGCGUCCAGAUGUUCAUCACGUCAACAUCUGGAGCCGUGAGAACAAAUGUGGUUGAAUCAAAGAAGAAGAAGACGACUCAGAGCGCGUUGUUGAUGGUGGCUGUCGUCAGUGCGGGGCUGAUGAUCCUCCUCAUGUCCGUCGUCUUCAUCUUACUGACGAGCACCAACUGCAGGAGGAAGCCAAGAUAUACAGCUCAGACACUCGACGACACCGAGCUGCAGCCGUGGACCAACACACCGACCGAGUGGGAGGAGUCAGAGAGUUGGUCCACGACGGACGACAUCCACUACGCUUCUCUGGGACGACACAACUGGAGCGAGAGGCCGAGCCGGACGCCACCGGACCAAGACCAGAACCACGUGAUCUACUCGUCUGUCAUCACCAGAGCUGCUGUUAAACACACUCCAGUCCUUUAAACACACACACACACCAGUCCUUUAAACACACACACAGACACACACACACCAGUCCUUUAAACACACACACACACACCAGUCCUUUAAACACACACACAGACACACACACGCACACACAC